AUGGGUGACAAAGGAAAGGGAAGGGCGAAUUUCGGGGUACCCACCCUCAAAAUAGGACAACUACAUCUCCCAACUAGAACGUUAGAAAUCAAAAAGGUGGCAGAUAACAUAAAAGAGCAUUUUGGAUUUGUUUUAGAAUGGGAAGUCGAGAAGGUCAAUGAACCGAGCUUUAAUUGCUUGACAGCCAUUAUAAAGAAUAAGCGUAGGCUGCUUUUAGGCCGCCCAAGAAAGCUUCUCAUAAAGAGGGGGCUUUCCACAGAAGGCGACAAAGGAUUAGCGAUUGAGAUGGCCUGGUUACGACGGACACAGGGCGCAGUACAUAUUGGCAGUAUGCUUGCGAGCCGUAAUGAUGAAGAAAUUCCUCAACGUAGCCUAUACAGGACGGGGCUUCCACUAGCGGACCGUUUGUUUGCAAGAAAUGGCAAUGUGAGAAGGGCGUUCAGAAGAGUUACAAACCAAAGAAAACUGGCCGAGGAGUUAGAAUUGCGCGAGGUCGCCCCUUACCCUGUCAUAGUUAUGGAAUAUCUGGAAAACGGAGAUUUUGCGAGAUUGAUCGAGCGAGCUAAUCAUUAUACCAUUUCUAUUCCAAACCGUAUCCUCUGGUCAUUUUUCCUUUGUCUGGUGAGAGCGUGUAUAGGGAUGUCGUUCAAUCAGGGCCUCUCCCCCGAGGAACCGACCCAAUUAGAGACCAUUCCAGCAGAUGGCACGCCACCAAGCAACUUGGUACACGGCAAUAUUAACACCAGGAACAUCCGGAUUGGUGGUGGAGAUGGAGAUGGAAGAUUUACAGAACAUAUAUUUGCGCCUGUGGUGAAAUUGAUCAACUUGGAGGGUGCGGCUCAAGCUACGAACAAUCUUGGAAAUAGGUAUAAUUUAUGGGAUAUCUCUGGUAUGAUGAUGUCCAUAAUAACCAAGUCCGAAACCUGGUCUCUGUCACCAACGUGCGUGUAUAGGGGCAUCAUAACUAACGCAAGCCCGAUCCUUAACGAAAAGCGAGAGAUGUUUCCGUUGUUGGACGACGAUUUGAGGGAUCUUCUUGCCAGGUGCUUAGCCGUAAAUCCCGACCACCGUCCAAAUCUACGAGACAUGCUCGCGGAAACCGAACACGCCGUCAGGACGAAGGGCGCGGAUUCUUUCCCGUUGCAAAUACGGGAUCACGAGACCGACGCCGCUCUCACAAGAUUUCUCAAAUACUGUGUUUACGAUGCAGACGUAUUACCUCAGCGAACUCUCCCUGACCUUGCAAGUGAGACACUAGUCCGUCCAAAGAUACCACAAAAUACUCAAGCCCCAGCGCCAGCACCAUUCCCAACACUAGGACCGCCACCAUUCCCAGGAGUACAUAUACCAGGACCACCACCACCAGGGCCGCCGCCGCCGGGGCCACAGCCACGAAGGCCACCGCCACCGCCGCCGCCGGGGCCAGGAGGACCACCACCAUUCCAAUUCCCAGCACCAGGACCACCACCAUUCCCAGCACCAGGACAACCACCAUUCCCAGCAGUACUAAUGCCAGGGCCACCGCCACCAGCACCAGUACUAGGACCAGCACCAGGACCAGCAAAUGGACCUGGAGAUUCCACGAGUCCCCCCACCUGGUCAAUUGAGUGA